AUGGAGCCCCCCACCCGCGCGGCUUUGCGGACCCCCAGUUCUUCCACCCAACCAGGCGCUUUCAAAAGCCCAGAUCUCACUCAGGCCACGCCCACUCCCGCCCACACGCUCGACCCGCCCCCAGCCUCGCCUUGCCCCGCCCCCUCCGCUGCUUCCGGAUGGGCGUGUCACUCCCUGGGAGCCCCGCCUCUCGGCCGCGUCCAGCACUCACGACUUCCACCGCUUCCCUGGCGCGGCUCGCCCCCGCCCCGCCCCGCCCCGCCCUUUCAGGCCCGAGGCCCCGCCCCGCCCCGCCUCGCUCCGCCCACUUUCCCGCCAGUCAAUGGCAGCGGCUUCCGGUUGUCAUCUGGUCUCCGCGACAACGCGGCGUUUGCAGCUUGGGACUGGAAGCCUCGAGCCUCCCCCGAGCCCGCAGCAGCGGCUUUGAAAUCGGCUCUUCGGAUAGUGGGAGUGAGCCGGCCUCCAGUCGAUCUGCGCUUUGGCGCCACACCUCGGCCGAGGCGGCGUGUGAGCAGUGGUUAUCUAAACAAGACGAACACUGUAACAUUACCAGAGCACAGACAGAAUGGCAGAUUGCUAGUGUUGGGUCCAAAGGAAAAAAUGAUGAUUGAACCCAGUGAAGCAGUGUCAAAGAAUAAAGUUUCUACAAAAAUUAUUGAAAAUAAAAUCUCUCAAAAAAAUAUUGAUAAUAAUGUGUCUACAAAGAGUACUGAAAACAAAGAUGCAGAAACAAACCUACGAUCUAAGCUGCGAUCAUUUUCCUUCUUAAGAAAAAGGACAGGUGAAAUGAGCAAAGAUGUUACCCUAGCAGAACUGGAGAAAAAUGAUAAGUAUUCCCACCAGAAAGCUGAUGAUAAAGUGUCUGAAUCAACAGAUGAUGCUGAAGAUACCAAUGAUGAAAAUGAUGAAGAUGAUAACUCUACUAAAGAGACUCAUGCCCCAUUAGAAUUAAUGGCAGAAUUCCUGAGAGCAGAAAUGGGUCAAGACUACCAUCUGGCAAAACAAUUAUGUCAUAUGAUCCUAAUGUAUGAACCAGAAAAUCCUGAGGUCAAGGAGUUUUUGUCAGUUAUUGAAGAAAUGUUACUGAUGGAGAAAGUUCAGAGUCAUGAGGAAAGUGAAGAGAGUGAAGAGGACAGUAACAGUGAGAGCGAAGGAGAAAGCAGUGAAGACCCGAGUGACGAUGAAUGUGAAGAUAACUGA